AUGUCCGCCCGGAACCUCCUCCUCUGCUUCGACGCAUUCGGCACGUUGUUCAAGCCGCGUCUUCCCGUCGCACAGCAGUAUGCGGAUGUAGCUCGAUCGCUGGGAUUGAGUGGCUUCACAAACGACGAUGUCGCGGCAUCCUUCAAGACGGCGUUCAAACAGGAAGCCAGGCAGAACCCGAACUAUGGCAAGGCGAACGGGAUGAAUCCGGAAAAGUGGUGGACCAAUAUCAUCCAGAACACAUUCGAGCCGCUUGUGCAGAAGAACCAGAAGCUGCCGAAUGAUCUCAUACCGCAGCUGCUGAACCGAUUCUGGUGCGAUGAAGGCUACACCCUCUUUUCAGAUGUCAAGCCUCUCAUACAGCGGAUACGGGAGGCGCAUGAAGCAGAAGACACGAAGGUUGUGGUUGGAGUUAUUACCAACUCGGACGAUCGAGUCCCCGACAUUUUGACCUCGCUCGGCUUGCGAGUAAGUCCGCUUCGAUAUGGCGGGCGACCUCAGGAUGCCGCAGCCGGACAGCACGACAUCGACUUUACGGUGAUGUCGUACGAUGUGGGCCUUGAGAAACCCGACAAGCGGAUAUUCACAGCCGCCGAGGAAGUUCUGAAGAUCAAACUGGACAGUGAGGCCGGUGAGGGAACAGGAAACCACGACCCUAGCGCCUGGCGGAAAGUGUACGUCGGCGAUGAGGACGAGAAGGACGUUGUUGGAGCUGUCGGUGCCGGUUGGAAUGCUGUCCUCAUCGACCGGGAGACGACUCGUGGUCGUCAUGAUUGCACCUGGCUAGAACCCAAGCAGCCUGGCAAUUUGUACGACAUCUUCAAGACGGAUAAGGCCGUCGGUUUCAGCAGUUUGGCGAAGCUGGCGGAGUGGCUGCCGAGAUCGGAGUGA